GGCAGCAGGUGCUGGGGGAAAGGAAUCGGAAUCGGAGCCCUGGGGGAUCCUGCAUGUGAGUUAGUGCUAAAGUCUGAUGCCGCUGCCUCCGUUGUGGUCUGGGAGCCCGGGCUGAGCAGCUGCUGCGUGGGGUCUGUGCGGGGUGGGGGGAGACCUGCAUUAACCCCUCUCUGUGCCCAGCGGUGGGGGACUUUCUCCGGUGCUUGGAACCAGCCCCUGGGGCAGCCCCGGGCUCUGCCGCCACCAGCCCCUGAGCCGGAGCCUGCAGGCUGCAGAAUAACAGCCACAUUUCGCUCCAGAUUGUCCCAUUCUCCUGAGGGGCCGGGUAGAGGAAUGGCUGCAGUGAAGCUGAUUCAGGAUUUCUCCUUCUCAAAUCUGACAUGAUCAUCUGGUUCGAAAGAGGGGAAGAACUGUGGGUCCCGGAUCUCCAGGGCUCUGCAGAGAGGGAGAUGUCGAGAGGUACCUGCACAGCAGGUGGUGGGAUGGUGAGUGAGAACCAGGAGAGAAAUCCUCUGCAGGAUGGUCCUGAGCAAGCAGAACCCCAUGGGAUGUUAUCAGGAAGAGCUGAAGGGCUUGUCUCCCAGGACCCCGAACGGGGAGAAGGCUGUGGGAUUCAGCACAGGCCAAAGAGGCAGCAGGGAAAUCAUCCAUCGGAGAAAGGUGGCAAAUCCAACAAUGGUGUGGGAGCUUGCAAGGGCCUCAAGGAAACCCCAGCCCAGCCGAGAAACCCCAAGGGGGAGAGAAGACACACGUGCACGGAGUGCGGGAAGAGCUUCAAACGGAGCUCCAACCUUAUCACCUAUUGGCGGAUCCACACCGGGGAGAGGCCCUACAAGUGCUUCGACUGCGGGGAAAGCUUCAACGUGAGCUCCAACCUCAUCGCGCACCGGAGACUCCACACGGGGGAGAAACCUUAUACGUGCUUCGACUGCGGGAAAAACUUCAUCGUGAGCUCGCAACUCACUAUACACCAGAGGAUCCACACGGGAGAGCGACCCUAUCAGUGUCCCGAGUGCGGGAAAAGCUACAUCCAGAGCUCAGCCUUGGUUAAGCAUCGGAGAACCCACAUGGCAGAAAAACCCUACAAGUGCCCCGAAUGCGCAAAAAGCUUCACUGUGAGCACCGCCCUCAUUAGGCACCAGAGACUGCACACGGGCGAGCGAUCCUAUACGUGUCCCGAGUGCAGAAAAAGCUUCGGUGUAAACUCGGACCUUAUCCGACACCAGAGACUGCACACAGGAGAGAGGCCUUAUAAAUGCCUGGACUGUGGGAGAAGCUACACACAAAGCUCAGCUCUGAUCAGGCAUCAGAGAAUCCAUACAGGAGAAAAGCCUUAUAAAUGCCCCAGCUGUGGCAAGAGCUUCAGCCAAAGAUCAAAUCUGAUUAAACACCAGAGAAUCCACACGGGAGAAAAGCCGUAUAGAUGCGGCGAAUGUGGAAAAUGUUUUAGCACCAGCUCAAAUCUUGUAACGCAUCAGAGACUCCACACUAGAGUCUAUUGCUCCGGCUCGGGGAGAGACCCCGCUGCAGCCGCCCGCUGCUCGGUCCCACUCCCAGCUCCCAGACAAUGGAGGCGGCAGCAGCAGCAGCGUCUGGCCCGGGAAGCUCCGACCCCGAGCAGAGCGAAAGGCAGCGAUCGCAGCCUCCGGAGCCCCCGGCUAACGACACCCGCUGCCCGCGGGCUGGGGACGUGGCCCGAGUCUCCCGGCGAGGGCUGCAGCUCGGACGAAAUGAAGCCGCUGCCCCGAGGUCCUGUCAGGAUUUUCCCCAGGGGCCAGAGCAGGAGGACGAGUGGGGGACUCUGGCUGUUUCAGGGAUCGGUAACCUUCGAGGAGUUGGCUGUGUAUUUCGCGGAGGAGGAGUGGGCUGUGCUGGACCCCCCUCAGAGAGCCCUCUACAGGGACGUCAUGCAGGAGAACUAUGAGAACAUGACCUCGUUGGCAGGUGAUGGGACGGGGAGUGAGAACGAAGUGGGGAAUCCUCCUCAGGAAGGUCCUGAGCAAGUGCAACGGCCCAGGGCAUUAGCAGAGAACAUUACCCACAGUCCUGAGCAAGGAGACACCUGUGAGAGUCAGCACAGGGCGGAGAUGCAGCAGGGAGCCCAUCCAGGGAACAGACGGGAUAAAUCCACUCACCAGGGGGGCAGUUUGAAAGACCUUAAUAAAGACUUGAUGCAGCCGAGAAACUGCCCAAAAGAUAAACUGUAUCAGUGUGCUGAGUGUGACAGAAGCUUCAAUCGCAGUUCAAACCUUCUUGUCCAUCAGAGAGUCCACACAGGAGAGAAACCCUAUAACUGCCCCAAGUGUGGGAAAAGCUUCAGUGAUGGCUCAGCUCUGACUAAACAUCAGAGGAUCCACACCGGAGAGACACCCUAUGUCUGCUCUGACUGUGGAGAAAGCUUCAAUCAGAGAUCAAACCUUACUGUACAUCAGAGAGUCCACACAGGAGAGAGACCCUAUAGCUGCCCCGACUGCGGAAAACGAUUCACUCACUUCUCAAACCUUGUUAAACACCAGACAAUCCAUGCGGGAGAAAAACCCCAUAAGUGCCCCAACUGUGGGAAACAUUUCAGGUGGAGCUCACAACUUAUUAAACACCUUGUUUCACACCAGAGAGCCCACAAGGGAGAAGAACCCUAUCGCUGCUCUGACUGUGGGAAACGCUUCAGUUAUAGCUCACACCUUAAUAGACAUCAAAUUAUCCAUACCGGAGAAAGACCCUAUAAAUGCCCCGACUGUGGGAAAAGCUUCAAGCUUAGCUCCAUCCUUCUUGUACAUCAGAGAAUCCACACAGGAGAGAGACCUUUCCACUGCCUUGAAUGCGGGAAAAGCUUCUGUGACAGCUCAGGCCUUAUUAGACAUCAGAGAAUCCAUACCGGGGAAACACCCUUUCAAUGUUCUAUCUGUGGGAAAAGUUUCACUCGGAAAUCGCAUCUUAUUUCACAUCAGAGAACUCACACAGGAGAGACACCCUAUAAAUGUUCUGUCUGUGGGAAAAGCUACAAGGUGAAGGUCUCUCUAAUAUCUCACCAGAAACUCCACACAGGCUAGCAUGUGGCAAGAGCUCUCCCUGUGAGGCAAUGGGUCUCUGGCCUUCCAAAGCAAAGUGUAAAUAUGCUGCAUUUGCAGAUGGUCUGGGUUGGUCCAGCAGGUGGGCGGAUGGUUUGGGUUUCAGGGUGGAAUGGUUGGUGGAGGCCAGAGGAGGAGAGAACACAGUACGGUGGGAGAUGGGUCAUUUCAGGGUCUGGGGAGAGCAGGCAAUGGGGAUUAGUGGGACAUUUCUGCAGGUUCCCCACACACUUUCCAAUGUAGAGAAAAGGUAAAAAUGCUGCAUUGCAGUUUGUGUCUGAGUCGUCUCUGUAGCUUCUAAGACCUCUUGGGACAAGGGGAUUUAUUUAGGGAAGCAGCGAGGGGUCCCGUGGGGCCAUAGUGAUAAAGCAGAGAGCUGCCAAUCUGCAGUGACCGGAUAUCAGAGCAAUUCACCGUUUAUUGGAGUCCUCUGCAGACAGGGUGGGGGAAACUUGGGCAUUCAUGGUGGAGAUUCCCUAGUGAGGUGGGGUUUUGCACUGUUCCUAUGAGGGCAGUAUGGUAUGAUAGGGAGAACAGGGGGCAUCGGGACACAGGAUCUUGGUUCUGAGAGGGGAGUGAGGUCUAAUGGGUUAGAGCGGAGGGGACUGGGAGCCCUGACGCCUGGGUUCAAUAACCAACUCUGCUAGUGUCUCCUGGUGUGAUCUUGUACCAGCCACUUCCCCUCCUCUCUGUGCAUCUAUUGUUUCAUCCCUACAAUGCACGUACUAGCAGUCACUCACCUCCCCGUGGAGUUCUGAGAUUGUCACUAGUUACUGUGUAUUCAGAGGCUCAGGAGGAAAGAGGCUCCAUGGGAGGAAAGUUGCAUUAUUACCAUUACUGUGUUGUAUUAUUAUGAGACAUUCUCCCGUUCCUUGCCAGGUCUCUGUCGGGGGAGUGUGUUACUGAGCUGAAGGGAAGGGUUUUAGCUAGGUUCCCUUGUCCUUGUUCUCAGGCACAGGCUGUUACACACUCAGAUUAUUCCUGAAACAACUGCCCUGGAUGGGAGUUUCUCCUUGUUUCAGGAUGGUCGGGGAGGGAAGAGGAGAGGGUCUCGUGUUUCAGGGCAUGCAGGCUUCAGGUUAACCUGUAUUUCUCAGUGAAGUUUUUACCUCAAUGGGUUUUUGAUUUUCCAAAUAAAUUCCUGGUCAAAUGUUUGUUGUGCAUCUCUACUUCAUCUUCUGGUGUAUCCCUGGAAUUUCCUCUGUUCUCCAGCUCUGGGCAGAGUGCCCCAGACUGGGUCAGUUUCCCCCUUACUUGCUCCUGCUUAGCAGGAAUCACUCACUCCCAGUAUCCAGCCCUUUCACUGAUGUCUCU